GUCAUGUGAUCGCGGGGUCACGUGACGAGCGCGAACAUGGCGGAGGAGGAGCCGCUGCUGCCGCCGGCCGAGGCCCCCCCGGAGCCCCCGAAUUCCCACUGGAGGGACGGAGUCGCUUUCUGGCUGCUGGGGCUCUGCAACAACCUGCCCUACGUGCUCAUGCUCAGUGCGGCCAGAGACAUCCUCGACCCCCACCGGGGGGCGCCGGAGGCCCCGCCCCGGAACCGAACCCGCUACGACUGUGACCCCGUGGGGACCGGGGUGAGGGG